UACAGAUUGAGAGACAGAGAGAGAGAGAGAGAGAGGCUAUCAUCUCGCUCCAGGCAGCUCUCGCGGCGAAUGAAAGUGCGCGGAGCAAGGAUUCGUUGGGUUUAAUCCCUGAUUCUUCGAGAAGAAGAGGCGUCGAAGGCGCAGGGGAAGUUGCCCGCGCAUGCCCGCAAAAAUCUUGGCCAGUUUUUCCCUCGCCCGAGUCGCUCCACGCCGCCCGUGUCGUUCUCCGGAAUUGGCCGCGUCGCUGCGCUAGCUGCUGUGUGGCUCGCUCGCCUCUGGCUCGUAACGCCCUGGGCAUUGACCAGAUAAAUGCGCUGCUGCUCCCCAUGGAUUCCUCGUCGUCGGAGCAACUGGCCGGGUUCGGGAUCGUGGGGCACCAGUUUGGGAGCGGCGCUAGCAGCUAUGUCCUCGACAUGGAUCGAGUGGAGCCGCCGUUUCUCUGCGCGGGGGAGGAGCACGCCACGGACUCGUCCAGCCAGUCAAGCCCAGCCGGCGCCGGGAUAUCCAUUGACUUUGGCGGCGGCAUGGAGUCAACUGAGGAGCUCCACUACCUCAUCCAUGGCGGCGACCGCAGCGUGUUCGAUCAAUUGGACAUCUUUGGGCAGCACAAUUUCCCGCCGCUGCUCGACCCAGCCGCCGCGCUGGGCUGCGGCGACGCCCACCACGGCCAGCUCCCGGAUUUAGACGAGCUGAUCCAGGCCUCGGGCGUGGACGCGGUCGGAUCCAGCAGCAGUGAUGGCGAGGGCGUGGAUCAUCAGCACCAGCACCAGCACCAGCAGCACGAGGCGGUGCACGCUUCCGCGAGCUCGGCCACCUCCAGCGCCAGCUCCGACGCGGGUCUGUGUCCCUUGGGCACCAGCAGCUCCGGCGCCACCUCGGUCAUGCAGCAGGCCCAAGCAAUCCAGCCGGGCGAGCCAUGGGCUCAUCGCUUCCCUGAUGUCGGUUUCACAUCAGGCAUGGCCGCGGAUCCAGAGAGCAAGCAAGGGAUGUUCUCGGCUUCCCAAGGAGGCAGCGACAUGGAGCAUGCUUCUUCCCAAGCUCCCAACGAACAACAUCAAGGUGGUGGUGGCGCUGGCGCUGGCGCCGGCAUGGCAAACAUGCGGGAGACCUUGUAUAGAAUGGCGGUCUGGAGGCCCAUCACGGCCACGGAUUGCCUGGGCGGGAGCAAGCCCAAGCGGAGGAACGUGCGAAUCUCGUCGGAUCCACAGACGGUGGCGGCGAGGCACCGGCGGGAGAGGAUCAGCACCAAGAUCAGGAUCUUGCAAAGGCUGGUUCCCGGAGGUACCAAGAUGGACACGGCCUCGAUGCUAGACGAGGCCAUCCACUAUGUCAAGUAUCUCAAGUCGCAGGUCCAGGCUAUGGAGAUGCUGGAGCAGAGCAGUGGUGAUCAACCCCUGCUCAGGAAUUCAUCAUCAGCUGCAUCAUUAGCGUCCACAGCGACAGCAGCAUCACAAACUGCUGCUCCAGGGAUCUGUCAUUUGUACAACGCGCACAGUGGAAGUGGUCUGCUGAAUGGCAGCAUCUUUUGGCCACAGCAGUUUUCAAUGGACAGUGGUGGACUCCUAGUACAACAGGUCAACAUUUCAGGAUAUUGAUCAAUCAAUCAAUCUUUUCCGUUCUUUUCUUC